AAGAAGAAGUGGGAGCCCCCACUGCCAACCCGCGUUGGGAAGAAGAAGAUGAGGAAAGGCCCUGAUGCUUCAUCAAAGCUGCCUGCUGUAUUCCCUACAACGCGCUGCCGCCUGAAGAUGCUCAAGAUGGAGCGUAUCAAGGACUACCUACUGAUGGAGGAAGAAUUCGUAGUGAAUCAGGAAAGACUAAAGCCUCAGGAAGAAAAAACACAGGAGGAAAGAUCCAAGGUGGAUGAUCUCCGAGGCACACCUAUGAGUGUUGGUACGCUUGAGGAAAUCAUUGACGAUGAUCACGCUAUCAUUUCGACCAGUAAUGGACCUGAAUAUUAUGUCAGCAUUUUGUCGUUUGUGGAUAAAGAUUUGCUUGAGCCCGGAUGCUCGAUUCUACUGCAUCACAAGACGAUGUCGGUUAUUGGUGUUCUUCAAGAUGAUGCUGACCCUAUGGUCAGUGUCAUGAAAUUGGAGAAGGCGCCUACAGAGUCAUAUGCAGAUAUUGGUGGUUUGGAAGCGCAGAUUCAGGAGAUCAAGGAAGCUGUCGAGCUGCCCUUGACCCACCCUGAGUUGUAUGAGGAUAUGGGAGUCAAGCCUCCUAAGGGUGUUAUCCUAUAUGGUGUACCAGGAACAGGCAAAACAUUGCUUGCGAAAGCUGUUGCCAACCAGACAUCAGCUACAUUCUUGCGUGUGGUUGGAUCAGAGUUGAUUCAAAAGUAUCUCGGGGACGGUCCUAAGCUAGUGCGUGAGUUGUUCAGAGUUGCAGAAGAAAAUGCUCCUUCGAUUGUGUUUAUCGAUGAAAUCGAUGCCAUUGGAACUAAAAGAUAUGACUCCAACUCUGGAGGAGAGCGAGAAAUUCAGAGAACAAUGUUGGAGCUACUGAACCAGCUGGAUGGAUUCGAUUCUCGAGGAGACGUCAAGGUCAUCAUGGCCACCAACCAAAUCGAAUCUUUGGACCCUGCACUCAUUCGUCCAGGACGCAUUGACCGUAAGAUCGAAUUCCCUAUGCCAGAUGUUAAGACCAAGCGUCGUAUCUUCAACAUCCACACUGGACGUAUGCAGCUUGCUGAUGACGUUGACCUUGAGGAGUUUGUUAUGUCCAAAGACGAGCUCUCCGGAGCAGAUAUCAAGGCUGUUUGUACGGAAGCCGGUUUACUGGCUUUGCGAGAGCGUCGUAUGAAGGUCAAAGCGGAUGAUUUUAAGAAGGCGAAAGAGAAAGUGUUGUAUAGGAAGAAUGAAGGCACACCUGAGGGACUGUACCUAUAA